AUGCUGAAAACUGCCCGUAGGUACUCCACGCGCGCGUUUGAGAGCAUAUUGGACCUGCGCCCCACGCAGCACAACGUUUUUGUGAACGAUGCACACAUGGCGGUCCCGUUUCGGGGCCGCGGCCUCUACGGAGGAGCGCUCGCUGCGCAGGCCAUAGUCGCCGCGCUGCAGACCGAGCAGUGCGGCAAAUGGAAACCGCUUUCGAUCCAUUGCCACUUUCUAGCUGCAGCACAACCGGGUGUGCCGCUCGUGUACAAAGUAGAGGACCUCAAGGUGAGCAAAAACUACCAGGUGAAGGAGGUGCGGCUGUUCCAGGGUGAAAACUUGGCCUUCAACGCGGUGUGCACGCUCCAGAAGACCGUACUGGAGGGCACAGCAGGCAAAGUCACCGGCCAGCUGCAACAUCACCGAAAACCGCCUGCUGUGGAUGCGCUCGUCGAUCAAAACACGGCUUUCGAGCUUUGGGCAGAAUCCAACGGACGCAAAGGCGAGCUGCACAACCUGAAACACUUCUACAACAACGAGCCCAUAGAGUGGCAGUUCCCGCCACACAUGUUUGAUUUGGCGCAGGUCCCAGAAAGAGAGCUAAAACUCCCCGUUUCUGAGCGCACGUUGUGGUACAAAGUUCGGACAAAAUUCUCCGCGGCCAACGAGAUCCAGAGAUGGGGAAUCACGGCGUACCUCACAGACUACUUCUACCUGAACACAAACAUGCGGCUAAACAUGCCCUCGGUUGCGGCGACAGCAAAUGCAUCAUGA